AUGAGGCUGGUGGCCAUGUGGGAUUCAUCCUGGAGCCUGUGUUGUCGAUGUACCAAAGGAGUACCUCGAAGCGAUUGCAAUAGGGGGACAGGUACGAAAUUGUGGCGGAGCGAAGCGGCACAAAUGUGGUACAAUUACGGCUUGAUUGGUUAUUCGAGCGCGUUCGAGAACUUGACGGGUACCAGUUUACCCCACAAACUCCGGUCAUCCCUUUUCAUUGGGCAAAAGCUCCAGGUAGCGCAAGUCGUGGCGAGAUGUCUCAUGGGGUUGCGACAAGUACCCAUUUCGUAGUCCGUCCGCCGAGUGUGGGUGCCACAAUGGAAAUUGCCAAGAUUGAUCAGGACCAACCGAACGGCAUCUCCUAAAGGCGGUCGAGAUUGGAGCAUGGUUAAGGCCGAGAUUCGCAUGAG